AUGAGGUUUCUAUUGUGCAUUUUAUUUUCUGCGUUUCUAUUUACUGCAGUGAAAUCUUUAAUCGCCACAAAUGUUUACAAUCCGACUACAUGCGGUCUACCUGGACCUGGCUUCAAGGGUAACAAAUUGAGAGCAAAAGCAAGAAGAUACGUUGGAAAUGAUGUAAAGAGGAUUGUGAAGAGAGACAUUGAUAAAGACUAUUCGGUGGACUAUAAUCCUACUGCUGGUGAUGAGACCGAGGAGGACGAGAACGAUCCGAUGCAAACAAAGAUGAUGGGAGGUCAGAGAGCUGCGAAGGAUGAAGUGCCGUGGGCUGCGGUUCUUCUGAUUAGGAAGACGGGAGUAUUAUGUGGUGGGACGCUUAUAUCAAGGCGGCACAUAAUCACAGCUGCUCAUUGUUUCAUGAGGGACCUGAAUGGCACUUGUAGCGUUGAGAAUAUGCUUCCUGAGGAAGACCUUCUGACUGGAACCGUUGUUGCUAUUGGUGGUACUUGUCUUGAUCGCAAGGAAGAAUUCAACUGUUCAAAAGAAGAUAAACCUUCCGCGUUCCACAUUAAGAGAGCAUCUUAUAGAAGUUUUUUCGAGUCUGGAAGUGACUAUACACGUGACUUCGCUAUUCUUGAGCUAACUGAUGACGUUCCUAAACAUAUCCAUCAUAUUUGUCUUCCUCACAUGAACAAGAAUAUCGGUAUAGGUGAUUCAUCGUUAAGAAUGAGCUCAUUUGGAUGGGGCAGCGACCCAACAAAAAAUCUCACUGUGGUACCAUUCCUCCGGAAAGUGAUGUUAGUUAGUCGCUGUUCGUUCGGAAAUCGGGUUUUUGAAAAGGGCGAUAGUGGUGGUGGAGUUACAGCAAAAAUAGGCUACAGAACAUACCUUGUUGGAGUAUUGUCUCGUGGAACUCCAUGCAAAGAUUUGUAUAGCGGUCGUCAAGAACCAAAAGCUCAGCUCCACACGGACAUCACUAAGUAUACUGCUCUGAUCGAUAGUUGGCUUGGAGCGAAAAAACCCAAAUGA